AUGGAGACGCUCGGCGUCACCGCGAAGAGAGCGAAAACGGAAAAGCGAGGCGUUCGUUCGCCUUUUCCCUCGCGCGCGUAUAUCGGAACCAGUUCCUCUCCGUCGUAUGUAUCGGCGUCGCUCUCUCUGGAGAGAAGCAUGCAGGAGGGACAGGGAGUAGUACAGAGUUCGUCUGUCAAAGACAGGAAGCGGGAGAAGCGGAGAGAGCGCGGAAGAGGGAGCAAAGAGAGAGCAGACAUCGACGGAGGUGGAUCUGACCUGCGAGCGGAGGCGAGACGUCUCGGUCUCUGUCUGAGAAACGAAUUCGUAGAGCAUACCUUCGACCCCCGAUACUCCUCCAACGUUCGUCUCUCCCCCGACCGACUCACGGCCACUGGAAACAAGAACUGGGGAACGAGCCUCGCCAGGUGCUGCUGCCGACAAGGCUCGUGGUACUUCGAAGUCACCAUUGGAUCUUCUUCUUCCUCUUCUUCUUCCUCGCCGUCUUCGUCUUCUUCCUCUUCUUCCUCUUCUUCUGCCUCCUCUGCUCGAUUUGAGGUAGGAGUAAACAAGACGGUGGUCGGCGAGGCUGGUUCCUGUCUCUCUCCUUCCAGGCUUCGCUCUGAGCGGACCUCCCUGUCGUCGUCGCGACUGGCAGAGCCUGCUUGUGGAGGUCCAGGCGCGGUGCAGCCGGAUGGGGGCGGAGAUGGCGACGAGGACGAAAGCAAAGUCGAGCGAUCAGCUGAGGCUGCCGGUGAGGACGCGAGAGAGGCGGCGUCCGGUGAGAAACUUGAUGCAGAAGAGCGAGGGGAAGAAGACCCAGCGUCUUCAGCGACAGACAGCAGGCUUCUUCGGGGGACACAAAAGAAGAAGUCCGAAAAAGAGGAGAAGAAAGGCAGACCAGCACCAGAGCCUCUCGCAUUCCCCGUCGUCGGCUGGGGCUCCUGUCGCACGCUCAAGAAUGUUUGUGAUGAGCACCCUGAGCGUUUCCUGACCGCCGGCGUCGACAGCCUGGCCCCCGGCGUCCGCGUUGGCUGGGGCACCCGGCUCUCGAAUUUCCUCGCACCGAUCGGCAGCAACUGUUUCGGCUACUCGAUUUCUUCUUUUUCGCCUCACCCUGCCCCUCUCCGCGCUCGCGCGCUCUGGUGUUCAGACGCCGCAGCCACCGCAGAAGGCGCUUUUCCACGCGGCGAGGAAGAGCGGCUUUCCUCCCCCGCAAGAGCCGCCGCCGCUUCCGCAGAGCACUGCAGCCUGCGACGUUCCUUUCUGCGCAGAGAGCGAAGGGAGAAUAAUCCGCUGUUCGUCGUGCAGGCCGGGAGGCGACGAACGCUGAGGCGCGGCUUUCGGCUUCCAGAAGCGGGGAUUUCUCACCUUCGGUUGACUUCCACCCGAGCGAAGGAGAAACGCGAACAGGCACACGGCGCAUGCAGCGAAGGCGAGGCGCGUCCUACUCACCACAGCGAAGGCGUCUCCGCUUCAGAGGAUCGGGAGAGAGAGAGAAAGAAGCGAGCCUCGACCUCGCCGGCUCCCCCGCAGAGCGAGAAACCAAGGCAUGGGCUUUCCAAUGGAACAACCGCAGAUGAGAAUGCACUCGGACCUGAGGAACGCGAAACGCAGGAAGAAACACCCGAGCCGCCGCGGGGGGAAGCGGCGACAAAAGAAGACGCGACAGAAGAAGACGCGAAGGAAAAAGAGGCGCUGCUGCUGUGGGAAGAAGCUCAGGACAGACUCAAAGAGGGAGACGUCGUCGGCUGCUACAUUCACCUGCCCGGAGACGAACCCCCCGCGAUUCUGGACGAUCCGCGAGGCCUGGCACAGCUGUGGACUUUCCUGCAACAAGGACUACUGUGCGAUGUCACGAACGACGCGAGUCUGCCUCGCGUCAUUCCUUACCCUGAUUCCUUCGUUUCCUUCUCCGUCAACGGCCUGCUCUUCCCUCGCUGCUUCCGGGAUCUCUGCACAGCCGAAUUCCACCCUGCGGUCUCCCUCUUCAACGGCGCCUCUGCUUCGCUCAAUUUGGGUCCUGAGUUCCAGUUCCUCAGCCCUGCAGAGCGUCGAGUUUUCCGGCCUGCGUGCGAAAUGCCGCUCUCGAUGUAUCCCCUGAAAGAAGACUUGGUGAAGUUCUGGCUGCUCUCCCCGCAAACGGAAACGGUGACUGACCCUGUGUUCCAGUGUACGUACCGCCGGCAGCGCACACUGGCGGAAGUCGAAGGCGACUGGGACCGAGCUCGGACGUUCGCGCGCAUGCAGGUCACCUGUGGGCGCCUGGAGUUCUCGACUUUGACGGAGCGUCGAGAAGAGCAGCUCAAGACAGACCGCGCAAAAGACGGAGACAACAUGCAGCCGAGCGAGUCCGCGAAACAAGCAGAACGGCAAAGCCUAGUCUUCGGAAAAAUGACAGAAGCGCCUCAAAUCCCAAAUCCUACAGAGACAGCACCGUAA